AUGGAAGAAGUAAAUCAGACCUCAGUGGCUGAGUUCAUUCUCGCUGGUUUAACAGAGAAUCCAGAGCUCCAAUUGCCUCUAUUCCUUAUCUUCUUAGCAGUCUAUUUGAUUACAGUUGUUGGAAAUCUGGGUAUGAUCAUCUUGAUUCUGUUUAGUUCUCAGCUGCAUACACCUAUGUAUUAUUUGCUCAGCAGUCUGUCUUUUAUUGACUAUUGUCAAUCCACUGUCAUUAUUCCCAAAAUGCUGCUGAACUUUAUGACAGAGAAGAAUUUCAUCUCAUACCCAGAAUGCAUAGUUCAGUUCUAUUUCUUCUGUGUUUUUGUUGUUGCAGAAUGUCACAUGUUGGGUGCAAUGGCAUAUGACCGCUUUGUGGCUAUUUCUAACCCUUUGCUUUACAAUGUAUCCAUGUCCUUUCAAGUCUGUUUGUUGAUGGUAGCUGUGGUGUAUGGUGUUGGCUUACUCAGUGCUACAGCUCACACAGUUUUCCUGCUAAGAGUGUUUUUCUGUAAGGCUGAUAAAAUAAACCACUAUUUUUGUGAUCUUUUCUCAUUACUUGAGCUAUCUUGCUCGAGUACUUUUAUCAAUGAAGUACUAGGACACUCCAUCAGUGCUUUUAAUAUUAUUGUACCAUCCAUGACCAUCAUUAGCUCUUACAUCUUCAUCAUUGUCAGAAUUCUGCACAUUAAAUCCUCUGGGGGAAGAAUCAAGGCCUUUAGCACCUGCAGCUCCCACAUCUUGGCUGUUGCUCUUUUCUUUGGUUCUACAACAUUCAUGUAUCUACAGCCAUCUUCAAGCAGCUCCAUGGACCAAGCGAAGAUGUCAUCUGUAUUUUAUACCAUUGUUGUGCCUAUGUUGAAUCCUGUGAUCUACAGCCUGCGAAAUAAAGAAGUCAAAGUUGCCCUGAAAAGGUUACUACGAAAGAUGUUUCCUCAAAACAAAGAAUAG